UCCCCUCUGUCUAUCCUCUCUGGUCUGUCCCCUCUGCUGGCCUUUGCCCGACCGCCGACCAACCAUCCCAGACCUGAUUCAUUGAAAAGAAGAAAAGAAAAAAAGCUACUCCAGAAUGUCUUUCAGGACCUCCACCACCUCCUACAGGAGUUCUGCUGCCCCCAGGAACUUCAGCAGCAGCUCCUACGCAGGACCCGGCGGCAUCACCUCCCGCAAGAGCUACACUGUCAGGAGCUCCUAUGGAGCCGGUGGCAGCGGCGGCGGCAGCAGGGGCUUCGGCGGCGGCUUUGGCGGCGGCAUCACCAGCAGCAGCGCCUACAGCGUGAGCUCUGGCAUGGGCGGAGCGGGGGGCAUGGGCAUGGGCAUGGGAAUGGGCUACGGCGGCGGCAUGAUGGCUCAGGCCCCCAUCACCGCUGUCACCGUCAACAAGAGCCUGUUGGCCCCCCUGAACCUGGAGAUCGACCCCAACAUCCAGGUGGUCCGCAACCAGGAGAAGGAGCAGAUCAAGACGCUCAACAACCGCUUCGCCUCCUUCAUUGACAAGGUCCGCUUCCUGGAGCAGCAAAACAAGAUGCUGGAGACCAAGUGGAGCCUGCUGCAGGGACAGACCACCACCCGCUCCAACAUCGACGCCAUGUUCGAGGCCUACAUCGCCAACCUGCGCCGGCAGCUGGACAGCCUGGGCAACGACAAGAUGAAGCUGGAGGCCGACCUGCACAACAUGCAGGGCCUGGUGGAGGACUUCAAGAACAAGUAUGAAGACGAGAUCAACAAGCGCACAGAAUGUGAGAAUGACUUCGUCCUCAUCAAGAAGGAUGUGGAUGAAGCCUACAUGAACAAGGUGGAGCUGGAGGCCAAGCUGGAGAGUCUGACGGACGAGAUCAACUUCCUCCGGUCGAUCUACGAGGAGGAACUGCGCGAGCUCCAGAGCCAGAUCAAGGACACCUCCGUCAUCGUGGAGAUGGACAACAGCCGCAACCUGGACAUGGACUCCAUCGUGGCCGAGGUCCGGGCCCAGUAUGAGGACAUCGCCAACCGCACCCGCGCCGAGGCCGAGACGUGGUACAAGAGCAAGUAUGAAGAGAUGCAGACAUCCGCCAACAGAUACGGGGACGACCUGAGAGCCACCAAGACAGAGAUCUCAGACCUGAACCGCAUGAUCCAGAGGCUGACGUCAGAGAUCGACUCCGUCAAGGGACAGCGUGCCAACCUGGAGGCCCAGAUAGCCGAGGCCGAGGAGCGCGGCGAGAUGGCCGUCAAGGACGCCAAGCUCCGCAUCAAGGACCUGGAAGACGCCCUGCAGAGAGCCAAGCAGGACAUGGCCCGCCAGAUCCGCGAGUACCAGGACCUGAUGAACGUCAAGCUGGCGCUGGACAUUGAGAUCGCCACCUACAGGAAGCUGCUGGAGGGCGAGGAGGACAGGCUGGCGAACGGCAUCAAGGCCAUCAACAUCUCCCAACAGAGCACAAGUUACAGCGGCUACCCCGCGGACUCCAUGAGGACCAGCUACUCCAGCGGCGGCGGCUACUCCAGCGGCGGAUACUCCAGCGGCAACUACUCCAGCGGCGGCUACGGCGGCGGCAUGAGCAGCAUGAGCACCAUGAGCAGCAUGGGCAGCGGCGGAUACGGCGGCGGCUUCAGCAGCGGCAGCGCCGGCGGCUACAGCAGCACUCAGACCAAGAAGAACGUCGUCAUCAAGAUGAUCGAGACCAAGGACGGCCGGGUGGUGUCCGAGUCCUCCGAGGUCAUCGAGGAUUGAGCCGUCUAGUUUAGAGGUUUAGCUACCUGUCUGCUACGAUCUCCUCUGCCUCUCUGGUAGUUUUUUUCUACUCACACUUCACCCACGUCAACUAUUGUAAUAAACAAGCCCGAAGUAAAACGCUUGCAAACCCACUCUCCAGUAGAGAGAGAAAAAAAAAACGAGUUUUUCACGAAGCAAUAAACGAUCCUAACACUACCAAAGAUCUGAAAGGGACCAAAGAACUUAUCCUCUAUGUCUGAUGUCUGACAGUUUGUACAAAAAAAAAGAAGUUUCACGUCAGAAAAUGAGUCUUCAACUGAGAAAAGAUUGCAGCUAGCAAAUAAAAAGAAAAGAAAAAAGAAGAGAAAACUCAUCACACUCCCAUGAAGUCUGCGCGACUGCGCUUCCACACAUGAAGGGCCCUUGCGUCUCAUCGAAAAGGACAGUGACGUCGAAAAGGAAUGUGAAUGUGCUGAAACGGAGCUUCAGUGUUGUUGUUGUUGUUGUUGUCAACUAAUGUCUUCAGAUUGCCUGCUGCAGUAGGUAGUGCAUGUCUUCCCUGUGCGUGUCCUGUAACCCAAGCUGUCCGACCCCUUAGGAGGCCGCCCCGCGUCAGACUGUUGUCCUGAGGUGCUGUUUUUGCUACCAAACUGAAUAAAAAUGUGUUUACUGAACCACAGAAUGGAUUCGUUUUUAUUUCAAACGGAAAAGAAACUAGAACAUAAAAGUGGUCAGCUAAAUCCACAUGUUCAUUAACUGUAGAUAUACCGACCCCACAUGGCCAGACGUGGUAUUGCUGCAUAGACUGGCCUGCACGAUGUCAAAAGUGAUUCAAUAAUAGUUUCUCUGUAUGAUUGGAUCAAGAAAAGACUUUAUUUUUAAACAUUAGAGCAUGACUCACUCAACAGGCUUCACAAGUAAUAUGUAAAUAUUGAGACUGCAUCUUACGGCCACAUGGGACGGCACCGUCCCUCACUCGAAGACUGACAGAAAUCCUUUUUUGGUUUUGGGGAGAAGCCAGGGUCUCCUGAUGACGCAGGCACAGGCGAAUAUUUCAGCCAUACUUGGUUUGUUUACGCGGGGGCUGUUUGCAGAAAUUCCUGUCGGGUUCGUAGCCAGCGUUUCCUUUCAGAAGCUGGACUUGUAAAGUCUAUGAUAGCAGCAGCAUCAAUCAUGUGAUGGAUGACGUGUUUGUGGAUCGUUAUUUGCUGACUAAAACUCUUCUUACUUCUGAAGAAAGUAUUUUUCACUUCGGCUGCUAACGUCUGACGUAGUUUGUCUUAACGUUGUUGCUUGAAGGAGAUUUUAACAUUAGGAAGAAUGUAGCUGUAACGUUGUGUUGCUGUGCUUUUAAUGUUUUCUGUAGUGUUGUGAUGGAUUGUCAUCUUCGCUUUGAUCGGAGGCUCAAUAAAGGCCAGAAGUGGAUGUGA